UACGUCAUGUAGAUGGCGUUGCGCGGAGAAUGAAAAGAGGGAUGUAAGUCGUGCAGUUGGUAAACGAAUUUCAUUGUUUUUAAGUAUUUAAAAUUUGUCAAAUUUAACGCUGUCGUAUAUACAUAAAGAGAUAAUGACAUUGUAGAAGCUAAUGUAUAGAAAAAAUGAUAAAAUUUACAUUAUAUUCGAUGCUGAAGUAGCUAGGAGUCGUUGCCAUGACAACAGUAGUACAUGAUGGUAGCGAUUCGGUGCAAGAUUUAAAUCAUGAGUUUGAUUAAAUGGUUGUUAAAGCCAGUAUUAGGAGAUAAUGGAGAAGAUAGUAAAGAUAUUGGGAACCUGAAUAAUUAUAUUGAUAAUAUUUUGGGAAAUUUGAAGAAAGAUGAGCUUUUUAUCCAUCAAAUUGAUCCAUUGAUAAUACCAGAUAUUGAUGAAGGCAAGUUUAAGACAUCACUUGGAGUCAUAAGAGGCCUGUCGACUCUUCAGCGGAUAGAUGAUUGUACUCUGUCUUAUGAAGGUGAUACAGUCAGAGUGGAAGGGUACCUUGGUGUAAGAGAUAUUUAUUUUAAUGUAAAUUAUAAAGCAAAAGCUAUAUUGUUUUGGAUAAAGGGAAUCAUAGAAGGUAAAUGUGACAGUCUUAGUGUAAGAAUGAGCUUGAUAGCAUCACAAGGUAAUAUGAGAUUGGAUUCAUUUAAAGUCACACAUUUCUCAGAUUUUAAAGUAACAAGAGCUACUGGUCUGAGUAUAAUGCUAAAUUGGUUGCUAAGAUUAAUUCUUAAUAACAUUGCUCAUAAAUCUAGAUCAGUAAUUAUCAAUGUGAUGGAAAGUUUUGUCUCUCAGUUUAUACAAGAAAAUAUUUCAAAAUUCCAAUUUCCCUUGAAUGCAUUAUAAAUAAUAAACUUAUGGUAUUGAAUCCCCUACAUAUGCAUACGAAAUAUAAAAUGUGUACGUAUCAUAUAAUAGAUAUGAUAAAUGUUGUGAACUAUAUUAGUAUUGUUGGAAAAUAUGUUGUAACAAAUUUUAAUGAUCAAUUUAAUGUAAAAAUUAUAUUUAUUAGUCUAAAUCAAAAACAAAUUUAAAAAUAUAUAUCAAGACUAAUUUUAAAUUAAAGGAAAUUUGUCUGAAGACCAUAAUCUCAGUGCCUCACCCAAAAUAGCCUUAAAUCAAAACCAUGAACAUUAAUUAUUAAAAAUGUUUUAAUGCAAGAACAAAUGUGUGUUCAAUUCUAUGUAUAUUGUAUAAAAUAUAGUAAAUGUGUUAGAAUUAUCUGUAUGAACUAUAUUAAUCCAACAUCUAUACAGUGUGGAUUAAGCAAAAGAUUUUUGUUUCCUUAUAAACCUAGUUUAUAAGUAGUAUUGAAAUAUGAAUGUAUUUUUCAUUCGAGUCUUUCAGAGAAUGGUAUAAGAGGAUUACAUAUAUUAUUAUUGUUAAAAUAACGAUUAAAACUUUUGCAAAAUAUUAUGAUAACAACAGAUUGUCUAGAUAAUUGAUACAUUUAUUUGAGAUAUCUACAUACAGUACACAUGUGUAUA